AUGGAAAAGCAGAGCAUAGUAUCAAAAACUUAUAAAGUAUUAACCCCUGAAUAUUUGGAGUGGCAUACUAAAUUAACUGAAUUACCAAGCAUUUUGACAGAUAAGAUGCGUUCUAAGUUAUAUAAAAGAUAUAAAAAAAAAACUGGAUUUGAUUCUUGGAUAAGCUCUAAAACUUCUGAAUAUUCACAAACUGAGAUUGAUAAAUUAGAUUCGAAGUUGAUGGACAAGAUUACUGAACUUAAAAAGGAGAAUAUCAAAAUUAAAACUGAGAAUAUAGAGUUAAAACAGGAUAUAGAUGAACUUAAAAAAGAAAUUGAAUCUAAGAAAAAUUGCAAAUUUCCAGGAGAAAUGCGUCUAAGUGAAGAAUUUAUAAUCGAAACAAUACUUGAACACGAUAAUUCUAAAGAACUAGGCAUUUCAUUCAAGGAAAUAGUUAAAGAAUAUACAACUUCAGAGGAGAAUAAAAUCUUAACUCCCGAAUAUUAUGAUUGGUAUAAUAAAUUAAUUGAUUUACCAAGCAUUUUAACUGAUAAAUUUUUUUCUAGAUUAUAUAAGAGAGAAACCGGAAAAGACCCGUGA